GCGCACUUCAAUUAGUGUCGAGAGAAGCAGCUGCGCGUAUCAGCUCUGAAAAGACGGAGGAUACAAGUUUUGAUUCGAAUCUAACAGUUUUUGUUGAAUAAUGGCUUUGAAGUCGAGGCUUUUCCUAUCAAUCUCUCUGAUUCUAGUGGCAAUGAUGAUCUGGGAAUGUAUGGGUCUCAUUUCCCCAAGAGGUACAGGUUUGAAUACAAAGCAAAGACGAAGAUCUCGAACUUGCAAAUUUGGAAAUAAAAACUUUAUGAUUGGACAGAAAUGGAAUCCACAUCUUGCGCCUAAUGGAAUCAACUAUUGCAUCGUUUGCAGAUGUAAAAAGGGCGGUCUAAUUGACUGUUCAAGAGUGCAAUGCGCUGGAGUAUCAUGUCCUGGAAAAUUUGUUCCAAAUGGAAAAUGCUGUGCGGUGUGUCCAAGUCCAAACAGCGGUACAUUACCAAGGAGAAGACACUGUCGUAACUCUGAUGGAAAACGUUACCAACAGGGAGAAGUUUGGAAAAUUCCAAUCGAAAAAGAUCUUGGAGAUAACAAUUGUGGCGAAUGUACUUGUCAUAAUGGAAGAGUAUCUUGUGCUGUUCGUAUUUGUCCUACUCUAAAAUGCCCGACGUUGAUGCACGUUGAGGGAAAAGAUUCAUGUUGUAAACAAUGCCGAGGUUUUCCACUCGUACCAGUUGGUGGUUUAUCGCAGUUUAAAGCUGCAGUGACUGUUCAAGGUUCUUGUUUCGACAAAGGACGCUAUUACAAAAAUAAAGAUAUGUGGAACCCUCUGGGAUCCACUUCAGACACGAAAGUUUUCCAGAAGCCGAACUGUGAUCUCUGUGUUUGUCAAAAUACAACAGUUAACUGUAAGACAGUUUUGUGUCCAAAGUUGGAUUGUGAUAAUUCUUUCCAGAAUGCAAACGAGUGUUGCAGAUCAUGUCCAGAUAUCAACAGAACUUCGAAUCCAUUCCUUAACCGCACCCUACCCCAAAACACCACACCAAAGAGGCCAACAGAUUGCAUAUUUCUUUCAAAAACAUACUCACACAACAGUUCAUGGACUCCACAAAUACCUGGACACGAACCCAAUAGUUGCGCAAGAUGCACGUGUCAGUUUUCAAGAAUCACAUGUAAUCGAAAUGGAUGUGUGGAUAAUACGACCAGGAGAAGAAACGUGAAAUCAUUAACCAAGCCAAACGUAAACCGGCGCUUGUGCAGUUCUGGAGAGCGAGUUGAAGUUCGCCUCUUCGUUAACUCUAAAAGGCUUAAGGCCAAACAAAAUUUUAUUGCACGAAUUGCAGUGAUUAAUCCAAAAGAAGCGUUUGUUAACGUUCAUUUUUGGGACGUUAGUGAUACCAAGGCUACGAUAAAAUCCUCAAAACCACGGAAAGCUCGUUUUGAGGGACGAAAGACUAACUAUGCAAAACUUGGUGAAACAAAGCUUGGACGAAUCACUCGUUUCUUAAGAAAAGAGAGAACGCUGGCGAAUUGCACCCGUGGUUGCAAGAGAAAAGCAAAAGACUUUAUUAACAAUUUGAAAACACGUGUUGGAUUCCUGAAGUCAUCGUCACUGUGUACAGCUUUUGAUUUGUUCACAAGUCUUAAGCCUCGCCGUCCAUGAGGAAAAUAUAGAGAUCAAAGUGACU